AUGCCAUCUUCUUACUUUGGCUUGGUAAAAGACGAGACGAAAUACCGGGAAUGGUCGAAACACGGAAACUCGUUGUUUAAGAAACAUAUAGCAUCCGGAAGUAAAUGGGACGUCGCUGGGAAAGGAAAUGAAUGCCUCCCUCUAUUGGACAACAUCUAUCGCAGAGCAGGAAAGAAAUUUGCAGCAGGUGAUGAAAAGAAAGAAAUGACGGUAUUCACUCGCGUCCUGGCCCAAGAGCAUCGAAACAUGCGAGAACAUGCUCUCAUACGAGAACCAAGGGUGGGCGUUAGCUUGGCUAGAUUUUGGGUAGCGCUCAGGGAUGUCAAAACAUCCAACGCCGACGGGGAAGAGUCAGAGGUCAGCCGGCGAGUCUCUACGCGGGUAAAGACACAAACCACCAACUUGGGGUUCAUGGAUCCAGAGGAAAUGAGCUUAAGCCAGAGCCAGGAGAGCAACGUAUCCUUUCCAUCCAGUGUCCCGAUCAGUGUAUCAGGGGUGUAUACUGAGGAGCAAGCACCUGCGCCGGAUCUCCCGGUGGAGGAUUACACUGUUCAACUGGCAUUCGCUGUAUUGAACCACAUCCUUCUGUACACGCAAGACCCUCUUUUAGACACGCCGGUUGAGAUCCGCCAAAGGGAGCGAUGGAUUCUCAACAUCAACAGCAAAAGUAUCACGGCAAUCGACGAUGGAGGGCUGAGUUUGGUAAACGAUGUUGGAACAAGGACAAAGAAGUCAGUCGUCUUGAUUGAGGCAAAGAGGCGACUCGAUGUCUGCAAGGACAGUAACCAGCCAGUUGUGUCCAACGAGCUCCUAGGACAAAUGACAUGUGAGACAUUUGGGGCGCGAUCAUCUGGUAGAGUCGAGCAUGUAGGAGACAAUCUUUUCAUUAUCAACAUUACUCAGCAUUACAGGUGUUUCUUUCACUUUGCCAUCACCGUACCGCAGGUCGAGGGUAUCUAG